AUGUCGAAUUUCUCAUCUCAGCUCCGAGCUUCCUCCGCGCUCAUCAAACGCCUCCGCCAAAAUCGCUUUCCUUCUACCUCUCCUGCGGCGGCCGCCGCCGCUAGAUCGUUCACUACUACGGAAUGCAACCGCCCAACCAUUGUGCAUAAGCGGAGUCUUGAUAUUCUUCAUGAUCCUUGGUUUAACAAGGGAACUGCUUUCUCAAUGACGGAGCGAGACCGCCUGGACCUUCGGGGCCUUCUUCCUCCCAAUGUCAUGACUUCCGACCAGCAGAUUCAGCGCUUCAUGGCGGAUUUGAAGCGGCUUGAAGUCCAUGCAAGGGAUGGACCCGCCGACCCAAAUGCCCUGGCCAAAUGGCGAAUUCUCAAUCGCUUGCACGACAGAAAUGAAACCAUGUACUACAAGGUUCUGAUUGAUAAUAUUGAGGAAUAUGCUCCCAUUGUAUACACGCCAACUGUUGGGCUUGUUUGCCAGAAUUACAGUGGGCUGUUUAGAAGGCCAAGAGGCAUGUAUUUCAGUGCUGAAGACCGUGGCGAGAUGAUGUCUAUGGUGUACAACUGGCCAGCAGAGCAGGUUGAUAUGAUUGUUGUUACAGACGGAAGUAGGAUAUUGGGUCUUGGCGACCUUGGUGUCCAUGGGAUUGGCAUUGCCGUUGGGAAACUAGAUUUAUACGUUGCUGCAGCUGGCAUAAAUCCCCAGAGGGUGCUCCCUGUCAUGAUUGAUGUUGGAACGAACAAUGAGAAGCUGUUGAAAGACCCUUUGUAUCUGGGAUUACAAGAACAUCGUCUUGAUGGGGAUGAGUAUGUUGAAGUAAUUGAUGAAUUCAUGGAGGCAGUUUAUACACGGUGGCCCAAUGUGAUUGUGCAGUUUGAGGAUUUUCAAAGCAAGUGGGCUCUGAAGUUAUUGCAGAGAUACAGGAACUCAUACAGAAUGUUCAAUGAUGAUGUCCAGGGAACAGCAGGGGUUGCAAUUGCUGGCCUUCUGGGAGCAGUGAGAGCCCAAGGAAGACCAAUGAUUGACUUCCCAAAGCAAAAGAUUGUCGUUGCUGGUGCUGGCAGUGCAGGAAUUGGUGUCCUCAAUACUGCCAGGAAAACGAUGGCUAGAAUGUUGGGAAAUAAUGAAUCUGCUUUUGAAAGUGCACGUAGUCAGUUCUGGGUGGUUGAUGCUAAGGGUCUAAUCACAGAGGAAAGAGAAAAUAUUGAUCCUGAUGCGCAACCGUUUGCAAGGAAGGUCAAUGAAGCUAAUCGUCAAGGUUUAGGUGAAGGUGCAUCUCUAGUCGAAGUGGUGAGGCAAGUCAAGCCAGAUGUCCUUCUUGGAUUGUCCGCAGUUGGAGGGUUGUUCUCAAAGGAGGUGUUAGAGGCCCUAAAGGAAUCCACUUCGACAAGGCCAGCCAUUUUUGCUAUGUCAAAUCCUACAAAUAAUGCUGAAUGCACUCCUGAUGAAGCAUUUUCCAUAGUGGGCGACAAUGUUAUAUUUGCGAGUGGAAGUCCAUUUAGAGACGUGGAUCUUGGAAAUGGUCGCGUUGGGCACUGCAACCAAGGAAACAACAUGUAUCUCUUUCCAGGCAUUGGACUGGGGACUCUUCUUUCUGGCUCUAGGAUCGUAUCUGAUGGCAUGCUACAAGCUGCAUCUGAAUGCCUAGCAGCAUAUAUGACUGAAGAGGAGGUUCUCAACGGAGUGAUUUAUCCUUCUACGUCAAGGAUAAGAGAUAUAACAAAGGAGGUUGCUGCAGCGGUGGUGAAGGAAGCCAUAAUAGAGGAUCUUGCAGAAGGAUAUCGUGGGGUGGACUCCCGUGAGCUCCAAAGACUUAGUCAGGAGGAAAUCGUGGAGUACGUAAAGAACAAUAUGUGGAACCCUGAUUAUCCAACCUUGGUGUACAAGGAGGACUGA